GCCGUUUGAGAGAGAAAGAGAUAGAAAAAAGCACAAUCUUUGGCCAUUUCAAAAAAAUAUUUCUGUUGCAUUUGAAAUUCAUCGAGAGGGAUGAAAAGUGACAGUGUGCUCUUUUGACCCUACCUCCCUCCCUCCCUCUCUCUCUCUCUCUCUCUCUCUCAACAGAGGCAGCAGCACACACAUCCACAAGACGACCACAUGCGGACAGACACUGUUUGUAAGCUUUGUUUUUAUAGUGUUAUUUUUGUAACUUCCAAGUCUGCACCCACCUCCUCUCUUUCUCUCUCUAUAUCCACCAGAUACACAAAACCCUUUUCCCCUCUCUCUCUCUCUCUGCAAUUAACUUUUAGCUAGAUUUGGGCGUUGAGCUUCAACUCUAUGUAAUAAGAAGAAGAAGAAGAAGAUGAGUGCCUCAAAGUUCAUCAAAUGCGUCACCGUGGGAGAUGGAGCUGUAGGCAAGACCUGCAUGCUCAUUUGCUACACCAGCAACAAAUUCCCCACUGAUUAUAUUCCAACUGUGUUCGACAAUUUCAGCGCAAAUGUGGCUGUGGAUGGGAGCAUCGUCAAUUUGGGCCUCUGGGACACUGCUGGCCAAGAAGACUACAGCAGGUUGAGGCCACUUAGUUACAGAGGGGCUGACGUAUUCGUAUUGGCUUUCUCCUUAAUCAGUAGGGCCAGCUACGAGAAUGUCCUCAAGAAGUGGAUGCCUGAGCUUCGUCGAUUUGCCCCCAAUGUUCCAAUUGUUCUUGUAGGAACAAAGUUGGAUCUUCGGGAAGACAGAGGAUAUCCGUCCGAUCAAAUGGGAUCUAACGUCAUUGCAACACCCCAAGGGGAGGAGCUGAGGAAACAGAUUGGUGCAGCAGCUUAUAUUGAGUGCAGUUCAAAGACUCAACAAAACGUGAAGGCUGUUUUUGAUACCGCGAUUAAGGUCGUGCUCCAGCCUCCGAGGAGGAAAGAAACGGCUGCCGCGGCGCGAAGAAAGAAACGACACAGCCCCGGAUGCUCCUCAAUUGCCCGAGGAAUCUUUUGCUGCGGGUGCGGGUGUGCAUAGGUGACAAGUGGUGGUGGUGGUUCCGAGUGGCUCCUAGCCACACGGCGGCAGCGACCGCGGCGGUGUCGGAAAGUGUGCGUGCAGUUGUAGAGUGAAUUUAUUGUUUUCUCGUCUACUUCUUCUUAUGUUGUCCAAACCUUAAUAAUCAUAAUGCAUUUGGUUGUGAGUUGCCUGCGUUCAAACAUGUUAAAUGACCAUCCCACAUGAAAUUUAAAUCUCUAAAAAUAAUAGUUCACUCGAUUCAAAAUAAUAGUUUCAUUUUGUCA